AUGAUUGAGAACCUACAAAGACAUUUUAAUUAUGAUGAAACUUGUGCCAUUUCUGCUUUCCCCCCAGCCACAGCUGACAAGCUCGACGAGUCACCUGAGGACUGGACUGAAUCUCAAGUCAGCUCAUGGUUGGAAUCGAUUGGAGUAAAGAAGCAGUACAUAGAUAAACUUAUAGAAGAGGAAGUAAAUGGACGAGUCCUUCUGAUGUUGGAUGAAGAGUUUUUAAAGACAAAGAUUAGCAUGAAAUCAGGGCCUGCUCAUUUGAUAAUUCAAAAGAGAGAUGAGCUCAUUAAAUCCAACCAAAAGACUCAAGACAAGAAAAAAAACACCAAUGCCAAAAAACCUGAGCUGGAACAGAAAACAGGUGAAAGAGUACCAACAACAGUUGAAGGCCGUCUAGUGCAUGCUCAUGAGAGAGAAGAGGAUGGCUCACAAGAGAGACAAUCUGUAACCUCAAGGGAAGACUGCAGACCAAGACCUUUUGAUCAAGAGGGUGUUGAUUUCAUAUAUGUAAAGCACCGAGUCCUGCAGCCAGAAUCUGGUGCUUUUAAUCUAAUAUCUCCGUGCCAUGAAUUCAAGUCACUUGCUACAGCUGCUACAUUGGAUCGCACAAGACUCCAAGCUAAGUUUGCAAAGGAGGUCCUUAAAUUUGCUGUUGGCUGUAUGAAUAUGAGAACAAAUGGCACUAUACACUUUGGUGUCAUGGACAGCAGGGAAGAUGCAGGGUAUGUGCAUGGUGAGAUCAUCGGUAUUCCUGUGAAAGAGAGGGACAUUUUUGUAGAUGCUUUGGACUACAUUGAAAAGUGUGUCUCCUCUGACAAGGAGCAUGUUCGCCAGUGUGUGCGUCCACCCAGGUUCAUUGAAGUUAUGGAUAGGAACAGUACAGAAAAGAGGUUUGUGGUAGAGGUUGAUGUCGUACCAUCAAUAAGCAUUGUCAAGGGCAAGGUGUAUGCCGUUCGUCUGCCAAACUUCAAAGAGUCAACCAACAAAGUAGAGUUUGAAAAAGCAACAAUUCUGCGGAGGGUUGGUUCAAAAACUGAGCCUGUGAAUGAGAAAGACCUGAGUGACUUCUACCAGAGAGUCGGAGAUCGAGAUGCACUUAGAGAAGAAGAAGAGAAAAAAAAGGCCUUCUCUGCUCCAGAAAUGUGCCAAGACCUAGGAAGGAAGCUAACGAUGCUGAUGACUAGUGGGAAGAAAUUCAUUGAAAAAGAUAAGUGGUUCAUACUAGUCACAAACAAAUUUCAACCCAGUGAUCUUUGCAACAUAAACUGGCUGCUCAACUUGAACAUAUUCUGUGUUUUUGACUUUGACCCAGACUCAAAGAUAUCAGGUCUUUGCAGGGAGUACCUUCAGCACCAUGCUGCAAACAUGCAUUCUUUGCAGAGUUACAGGAUGUCUGGUGACAUGAGCAUUAAAGAUGUCACAAACCAACUGCAUCUGUUUGAGCAAACCAGCUGGAUUUUUUGUAAUGGCCAAACUGACUUCAAGGGAAAUGAAACUUGGUGUGAUGAAAUGACUUGGAUCAAAACAAAAGUGACUCUCUUGAGGGAGUGCGUCUCUUUGAUAUGUAAGCAGAUCUUGCCAAAAGGAACCUUCCAGGUCAUUUUUCUUCUAACGUCCCCAGUUGAGAAACCACUCUUGCACACCUUCAAUGAGUUUUUCACUGACAUGGAAGGCCACGAAGAUAUCAUCUGCAUCUGUGAGUCCCAAGCAAACUUUCAGAAGUGGCAAAGCUUUGCAGAGGGGUCAUGUGGAACAGAAGCUGUGAACAAUUCCAGUGUUGUUGGGAUGAAAAUGAGUCACAUCAAUUCAACUCUGCUGCAAGUGCAACCUUUUAAGGCAUGCAUUCGCAAACACUUGCCAGUCUUUUUGAAAGGAACGUGUCUUCUUGAAACAUGUAAAGAGGAACAGAUGUAUUCUCUGGAAAUUCUGACCGUUAAUCAUUGUGAUGAAACGAAUACAGACUUCAUCGAUGAGGAAAAAGUAAACAUCGAGCAGCAGUUCUACCGGGGUGGGAAAGUGAACUGGUUGAAUUUCUGGCUUGCUGAGCACAAGUAUGUUGGAGAGGUCAUUAAAAGAGAUGCCUAUCAUGCGGUUUACAAACUCCUCCAUGACACUUUGAAAUGGAAUGCAGAUGAAACUCCAGUCAACAGUAUAAACAUCUUCCAUCAUCCAGGAAGUGGUGGAAGCACAGUGGCAAGACAAGUUCUGUGGAAUAACAGAAAAGAUAUGAGGUGUGCAGUUGUGAAGCCCUCAUACUCCGCUUCCAUUGUUGCACAACAUGCUGUUGAACUUCGGGAGUAUGAAGAAAAAGAUCCAGAGAAGUGUCUUACUGUGUUGCUUCUCAUUGAAGACUCAGACAAAGAAUAUCUUGACAAUCUCAGAAACGAACUAGAGGUAGCUGUUAACACCAAGAAAAUUCAGUAUGGAACUGCUUGCUUCAUUUUGUUGAGCUGUCGGCGAUCAUAUGAUCCAGAGAAGAAAUGCAAGGAAUCUCCUCUACAGAAUGUGUCUGUCACUCACAAACUGUCCGACCGAGAGAGACGGAUGUUUUCUGGAAAACGAAAGGCACUUGAAAAAUGGUAUGAACCUGAAUUCAUCCUUACUUUCGUUCUGAUGAGUGAAGGAUUCAAUGAGAUAUACGUUCAGCAGUUUGUGGAGCAUCUGCUACAAGGCAUUGACCACCAGUCAGUUGUCACUCGCCUCAUCCUCUAUGUCGCUCUGUUAAACACUUAUGUUCAAAACUCGUUCAUCUCCCAGUCUCAUUGUGAAGCCUUGCUUGCUCUUACUAUUCACUUUGAAAGGUUUCCCCAACAUGAGUUUGAGAAAUCACUCAGCCCCCAGGCUAAACUCGUCUUUUUGCAUCUUCGAGACGAAAAAACGCACAUUAAAUCAAUCAGAAUUAUUCACCCACUUGUUGCAAAAGAAAUUCUCCAGCAACUGUUGAGAGGGCAGACCCAGAGCAGUUUGGCCACGCAGCUGCUCUUUGAGAAUGUCCUUUUUGAACACAGAUUUGGACGGGGAGAAUAUUUGUUCUUUCUGAGAGCGCUUUUCAUAAGGCGAUCAAGAAUCAGCAAAGGGGAUUUAUAUGACAGUUUUUUCUCUCCUCUGAUUGAGCAUGUCCGUGAAAAGGAAAGCUCAGAUAAAGCAAUUGAAUUGCUGAAGGAGGCUUUCCAGCGUUUUCACAAAGACCCAUUCUUUGCACAACAACUUGCUCGUCUUCACUACACUUACGAAAAGUUUGAGGAGGCAAAAUCCUGGGCUGAGACAGCAGCUCAACAGCAGCCAAACAACUCCUAUAUACUGGACACGAAAGGGCAAGUGUACAGGAAAUGGUUUCAAGCAAAAUGCAAAGCCAUGGACAAUGACAAUGUACGAAAGACACCCCAAAAUACAGCAGAUGCAUUGGGAACAGCACUGAAAGCCCUUGAAUGUUUUCAAGAGUCUGAGAAAGCAGCUGAAGCAGACAUGGAAAAUGUGAACCAUUCAGGGUUUUUUGCUGAGGUUGAAGUUGGAUGCAGUCUUCUCAAACUGAUCUCUUCAAUGAGUGUGUUUGCACACGGAACCACUGGCCACUCAGAGUGUAUGAAGUACUUGUUGACGGAUUACAUUCCAGAGGAAGUUAAGGAUGCCUGGGAACCGUUUCACGGGCGUUUGAAAAAGCUUCACAAAACAAUGCAAGAUGCUCUGGAGUGGAUUUCAGAAGACCUCAGCUACUUUCAGACAGACAUCGGCACAGAUGAGGAGGAAACCCCUGAAAGCCCGGAAGAGAAAAUCAGCCACCCACUGACAUGGUUGGCAAAAAAAUCCUCAGAGUAUGGGAAGUACUUCUGUGAAGCUUACUCUUUUGCACUUCAGGGGCAGUCUAUCCCAGACAAUCUUACUCCUUUUCAAAAACGCAUGAUCAUCUACCGUCUUGGGGGGGGUAAUGUAACAUCCAUCCUCUCUAAGCUAACUGACCAGAAGGAUGCAGUAACCCUUCUGGAAAAAAUUCUCUCUUUGUACCCCAGAAAUCCACUGCAGGCCAAAUUUGGUCAGAGGGAUAUUGUCAACUACAUCAUGGCCCACAUUUCACUGAACUGCCUGUCACCAGGGAAUCAGACAUUAGUCCCUCUGACAACUCUACAGGCACUUUGUCGUCAGUUUCCAUCUGACAAGAGGAAAUGUUUACCAAGUGCUCUGUUCCUGCAGACUUUGCUGUUCUGGCCAGAGGAUCAUGACACAAGUAAUGAGAGAGAAAACAAAUAUGAAAUGGUUCAGUCAGCAGUGGAACACCUGGAGAAAGGCUACUGGACCAAAAUGAAGGACAUUCCCCAGAGGAAGAGAAGGCUCUACACCCAUUUUUUUCUAGGUAGUGGGAACGGAUUGGAUAAAUUUGUCCACAAGAAAAAGUUUGAGAACGUCACAGAAAUUUUUUCAGUGUCUGAGAAACGCAUGAAAUGGUUCAGGGGUGAGGCAUGGAAAAGGCCUGAGAUUGCCAUGAUGUUGAAACGUGUAUCUGGAUGGACGGAAGAUGGAGUGGUGUACCUUGAUGGCCCCAAGAAGAAAAAGUUCAACAUCCUCCCUCUUCACGUACCUUCGGUACCUCAUAGUAAUGAGAACAUCACAUUCUACCUGGGCUUUACAUUCAGAGGCCCUGUUGCAUGCAACAUCAUUGUAAACAAGUAG